AUGGGUAUCUGCCAGGCGAAAGAGCCCGUCGGCAAGGCGAAUCAUAAUAAUCAUCGCUCUAAAGAAUGCCAUGAAGAAAAAAAAAUAAAUAGGAAGAAUGAUGAGAAGAACCCCCCUCAUUCUCCACGGAAUUUCGAUCAGCAGGUUUUAGCGGAGCAGUACCUGCGUUCAUUUCUUGAGGGGGCGGAAACAACUCUAAGUGCCACUUCCUUAUUUAGAUCAUCAGCGGAACGGUAUAAUGUUUCCUUGACCUUUGUGAAUACAUGUGUAGAAGUAACGCGCACCCGGUUUCGAUUGAAGACAAAGGUUGUUCUCGAUAUCAUUACAAAAAUUGCUAAUGAAUUAAAACUUGAGACAAUUUCGAAAGCUCUCCCCGGUGUGACUGAAUACUGCGUCGAUGACGGUUUUGCCCGUCUUCUUAACGCGUGGUUUAAUAAAAAUACAGGAUUCGCAAAACAUACAGAUGGGACCGCUGAGCGGAUGGUGACUAAUACUAAAGGUCAUAACAAUGGUGUGAGUACUACGAAUGACUUUUCUAGUGUUUUAAAUUCUUACUUUUGUUCAGCAAAACUGGUACAUUCAAUGAGUUUAUAUGAGAAAUAUGCGGGAGAUGGGGAUAUGAUGACUGUAGAACAGUUUGGAAAAUUUCUUCGAGAAGAGCAACGUAAUGAUGUAACAGAUCUUCAGGUACUGGAAAAGUGUAAAUACCGUUUUGGUGGGGUUGUUCAUAGAUUCAAUUUCAGUACUUACACGGGAAGUUUACUUACCAAUAAUGCCUUGGAUCCAUCACGCACAACAGAUGUUUGGCAAGAUAUGACACAACCACUAACUCGAUAUCUAAUCAAUACUACACAAAUUGAAACUGAAGAUGAUCUUAAGCGUGCAUUGGCAGAUAAUACUAGAGCAUUUGUAUUGAGGGUUCGAAAAGGUGAAAAUGGUAUUCUCUAUAGCGGAAAAUGCCCACUACAAUCUAUUCUAGAAGGUAUAAGAAAAAGUGGUUUUUUGACUAUUCCUUAUCCCAUAAUUCUUUGUUUGUCUCCAACAGAUGAAAUUCCAGUGGAAGUGAAAGAUGAGUUAGCCCAAAAACUAACAGAAAGUCUUGGAGCUAUGUUGGCAAAAGGUCUUAUGUUUGAGGGAGCCAUUAUCAGUGAUCCUAAAUUCAGUCCUGCUGCUCAACGAAAUAAAGUACUUAUUGCUGGAUAUCAAUGCAACUUAAAACCAUUUGUUGGAUGUUUGGUAGCAGAUAUGAAUAAGGAAGGACUGGGAGUGCGUGUAACAGAUGUUCUUCCAGGAACUCCAGCUUCUAAAGCCGGUUUAUGCAAGGAUGACUGGUUGACCCAUAUAAAUGGUUUACCUAUUCUAAGCAAGAAACACCUACGUGAGCACCUUGUAAAGUUUAAUCUUGGUGAAGAAUUUACGUUAAGGAAGGAAAACCUAAAUGAGGUUAAGGUAGUGGUUGGAGGUACUGUUGAUACAGAGGAUAAGAAGGAAUCUGUUGCCCUAUCGAAUAUUCUGUUCUUAAAGUAUACAAAAUGUGAAAAACCUAGACCCUGGGAAAUUCAGGUCUUCACAGAGAAGACUAUUCGAACGGCACAACUUUCUAGGAAGGAUCUUGAUGAUCACUUCGCUUUUUUCUCUAACAAAGAAGAUAUCGACAAUGUGAAUUGUAUCAGCAUCGCCUCCAAAAUGGGAAUGCAAUUAAUUAACUAUGGAAAUAGUUGGAAGGGUCAAAUGUGGGCACAAGGACGUUUUGUGGAUAAUGGACACAGUGGGUAUCUCAUAAAAAGUGAUUCAGAAGAGGAAGGAACCGUAGAUACGACGGUACAAAUCAUUGCUGGCCCUCAAGAAAUUCAGGAACCUGGUUUAACAAAAGGUGAAGUUCACGUCUAUGGCGCAGGUUCAGCUCGGGUGAAUGGAAAUAAUUUUACUUUUAAAGGAUGUAACGAUGCAACAGUAGCAGUGAUUGAUUGUGAGUUCGCACAAAAACGCGCCUCAUCUAUUUUUACUGCUGCAUUUCCUCCAGCACUUCUGCGUGAUGGGUAUCGGGUGUUGCCCUUGGUACAAACUGCUGGGCCAAAGGAGACUGAAGUCCCUACUCUUGGUGCAUACUGCUACAUUCGCCGGAAUAGAUAG